UCGUCUCUGAUGAGCGUGUGUCAUGCUUGUCGGGUGUACGUGCUGUCGCGAUAAACCACUCCAUGGCCCCGUGUAAAACAUAGCGUUGUGAAUGUUUCGUGAAGAUGCGGCUAUAUUUGGGCCUUUUGUUGUUGUGCGUUCCUUCGAACUGUUUCCCCGAUCAAGGAAAGUGGUCCUUCAAGGCCGUUAAUGUGUCCAGUCAAUACUUCGCCGUUCAGAAGAGCCUCUACAACGGAUCCACGAUCUCUGUGACAGUUUCCUGUGAACCCAGCGUUUCGGGGAGCGCGCUGGCGCUCGAAGUGGGCUGGACGAUAUACCGCAGCCCCUGCUUCCAAGAGUUCCUCGAUGUAGACCUUUUGACGCAGGAGCAGCUAGCCGGGUUGGAAGCGGGCGCCAAGCUGUUCGAGUUGGCCAGCCCGUACAGUCGCGGCGAAAGCGAGCGCCACCAGUGCCUGCACCUGAUCGACCUGGGAGCGCUGAAACGCAGUUCGCCGCUCAAAGCUUACCUACCAAAGGCAAAGGAUACAGGAGGCAACAAAACCACAAUCCAGCCAACGGCGGCACCACAGCUGUCCAGCGUGAACGAUGAUGGCAUCUACAUGCUCCUGCUGCAUCUACGCUCCGACGGCAACUUUUCCGUGCAAGUGGAUUUAGCCUUGCGGGGCAACCACGGCUACUUGUCGGCCGUCGACUGGCCCUUCUUGCCGUUCUAUGGCGUCAUGUGUGGCGUGUACGUGGUUUACGCCGUGGUGUGGCUGGUGGUGUCGGCUCUCCAGUGGCGAGACCUGCUGCGCAUCCAGUUCUGGAUUGGAGGUGUCAUUUUUCUGGGCAUGCUGGAAAAGGCGGUCUUCUAUGCUGAAUACCAGUCGAUCAACACGACGGGCCGCUCGGUACAAGGAGCCGUGCUCUUUGCUGAGGUGCUGUCGUGCCUCAAACGGUCCCUGGCUCGGCUCCUGGUGGUGGUAGUCAGCCUGGGCUUCGGCAUCGUCAAGCCCCGGCUGGGGCCCAUGCUCCACCGCGUGCUCGGGCUGGGGGCUGCCUACUUUGUGCUGGCCUCCGUCGAGGGAUGCCUGCGCACACUUAAGCCCAAGAACACGCCCGACCGGUUGCUGACGGUCCUGGGAAUAGGGCUGGCCCUGCUGGACAGUGCCAUCUGCUGGUGGAUCUUCAGCAGCCUGAGCCAGACGACGCGCACGCUGCGGUUGCGUCGCAACGUCAUCAAGCUGUCCCUAUAUCGCCACUUUACCAACACUCUGGUGUUUGCUGUCCUGGCAUCCGUCGUGUUCAUGGUGUGGGUCACCUUCGACCACCGCACAGCCGAAUGCCUGACGGACUGGAAGGAGCUGUGGUUCGACGAGGGCUACUGGCAUCUGCUCUUCUCCCUGGUUCUGCUGGUCAUCAUGGUCCUUUGGCGGCCGACGAACAACAACAAGCGGUAUGCCUUCACUCCUCUGCUAGAUGCUGCUGAUGACGAGCUAGAGGAGGAGGAAUACCAGCAGCAGCCUCAUGAUUCUUUCGAGGGCAUGAAGAUGCGAGGCACCAACAAGCCAGCGAAGGGCCAGCCAGCCGCCAACAAGGAGGAUCCGGAGGAUGACCUCAAGUGGGUCGAGGAGACCAUACCCUCAUCCUUGGGAGAAACGGCCCUACCCAGUCUUCUGGACUCGGACGAGGAAAUCAUGACCGUGCGGUUCGAACGGAACAAGAUGGAAUGAGGACAGAGCUGUGUUUGUGUGCGUGCAGCGAACAGGCCAAAACACCGGGAAGCACUCCCAGUGCGCCCGGACUGUGGGACGAACAAUGUGUAUUGCCAAUCAUUCGAUUGAGGUAUUGCCAAUCAUUCGAUUGAGGCUUCCUCUGCAAUCCAUUUCCGGUGGCGAGAAAAGCGUCGCUUUCCCCGCACAGAUCACUUUUGGUUGUCGUAAUAGCUCCCUCUCCGCCUGGCAACUUCCCUAUUUAUUUCACAUAGCCGACUGGCCUGUUGAUUGUUACAUAAAGUGUGUGGUUCUCUCUCGGUGUCUUUACUAUGCACGUCUUUCUAGCCCAGUCUGCUACGUUUCCUUUUGUGAUGGCAUGGCGGCACUCUAGUCUCCACGAAAUGAAUGCUGCUUAUUGCCAGCGAGCAAUAUGGGGGAGACGUUUUCAAAGCAAUGGAACUGAUGCACUACUUUCUAUUGCUUUUCGUUUUUCCGAGAAUAAAUACAGCUGUAGAUGUGCACUUUCUAUAAGGUACGAAAAAAUGGGAUGGGGCAAUUUUGCACAGUCAUUCAUUCUUGCAGGUUCAAGCGCUCGACACGCUUUGCAAGGCAAAGCAUGCCUGUAUUAUCGUUGUGCCGUCCUUGCCACGUCUGUGUGGUGGCAAGAUUUCCCCAUGUUUCGAUUCUGUAAAUAAUAAACAAGAACCUUCGAGCGAA